AUGCUGAGGAAGAGGAGCCGGCCGGCGCAGAAGGAGCAGACGAUGGCCGACUCCGAAGCCGUCCGCAGGCCCAGAAGCACCUCCUUCUUCAACCUCCCGGGGCUGUUCGUAGGGUUCUCCAAGGGCACGGGGGACUCCGACUCUGCCAGAAGCCCCAUUUCUCCCCUGGACCUGAAGGUGUUCUCCGGCCUCAGCGGCCACUUCGGGAGGUCCCCGCGGUCUCCGGCGAGCUUCGAGGGCCCUCGCAAGAGCUGGGACUCCGACAGAGUCGGUCUAGGCCUGAUAGAUUCUCUCUCCGACAAGCUUCCUCCCUGUCGAGGCCCUCCUUUGCUCGGCCCCUCGGAGAGCAGGAGCAUCCUUCUGGGCUCCCAGAUGAAGAUCAUCAGCAUCCCCAGCCCUAGAACCCGCUUUGAUCACCUGCUCUCCGAGGGCUCUGCAACCUCCCCCAAGUCCCUACCCAAGAACUACGUCAUCUCCUCCCAUGGCCAUGCCCGAGCCGGAUCGCCGCUGCUCUGCCCUGAUUCGUCGGAGACCCGCCAGGAGCUCAGCUCGGAGAUCCUCCACCCCACUGUCGACUGCUCCGCCGGCUCCGUCCCCUUCUCCCGGGGGUUCGUCGGCUCCCUCUCCGCGAGCGACAUCGAGCAGUCGGAGGAUUACACCUGCAUCAUCUCCCACGGUCCCAAUCCGAAGACGACCCACAUCUUCGGAGACUGCAUCCUGGAGAGCGACACCAGCGAGCUGGCGGCUUUCAUCGGCGACACCAACAUGCAGGGAGAGGAGGAGAGAAGAGGGUCCUCUUGGAUGCUCGACUGCGCGGAGGAUCUCGUCCCUCUGCCCAGCGAGGACUUCCUGAGCGUCUGCUACUCCUGCAAGAAGAAGCUCGACGGCAAGGACAUCUACAUGUACAGGUGAGGCUGGAUCAUUCAUUCACCUCUCGGAGAUCCAGCUUCUCUGUCUGUGUGAUUGAUUUAGCCGGCCGGUGGCGGUGGGUCUUCUUCUGCAGGGGAGAGAAGGCCUUCUGCAGCAGCAGCUGCCGAUCGCAGGAGAUCAUGGACGAAGAGAUGGAGGAGGAGCCCGCGACGGCUUCCUCUGGUUCUUCCCCCCAGUCAACCUGCUCCGAGGAAGUCCUCCCCGGCGCCGCAUGA